UGACCGACAUAAGCUCUUUUUUCUGCUUUGAAAUGAAAAAUUACGAAUUACGAUAUAGAGUGAAUAUCCCAAUUUUUAUGUACACAAAAAUCAUCAUUUGCGUUGCCUGAUUGCUUGUAAAAUGAAAGUAAUUCAGCUCGAAGUAUAAAUUUUGUAUAUAUAGUGCUCGCGGUGGUACAGUUUUACAAAGAAAAAAGUUUGGCUACAACAGGUUGAGAAGAGAGGUGUUUUGAUUAGAAGUCGAAAUAAACAAGUUUUACGUAUACGAGAUGAUACAAGGUUCAACUUUUGAGAAUCAAAAACUUUUGCGUGAGGAGUUGAAAAUUGGUUAUAGUUUUUAAAUUUCUUCAUAAAUAUGGCGAAGUCUGCUAUGAGGUUAGGUUCGUGGUAUAAUGGGUUUACAGUUGGUCGUACGUUGCUACACGUCGUUUGAUUAGGGUUCCUGUGAUUGCCACUGAGAGUGCUGACUGCAAAGUUUAUGAAGCGAAAUGAUAAUCCCAAUUCGAACAGAACUUUGGAAAUAAUUGUAAAUUUAUAAAAUAAAAAUUCAGUAAUAAAAAUACCAUUGAUAAUAAAAUAAUAAAGCUUCAACGAUGGCGGCAGAAAAGAAGAGCAGCAAAGUUGCAACAAAAGGAGCUAAACAAAUAGUCGAGGAAAAUGUAUCGACUCUUAAUUUUUAUAGAAAUAUGGUUUUCGCUGCCGUUGCCAUUUAUCUUACCACAAUGAUGGUGUUCUUCCAAUUUAAUGCUCUAGAAAUUACAUUAACUAUAUUUUCUGCUCUCGCAUACCUUGGGAGUUAUCAGUUCAUGAUGUACAUGGCACGAACAAAGUACAGUGAAACAGGUCAAUUGCUGGAUUCCGGAGUUGAUCUCAAUAUGGACGGUGGUAUAGCGGAGAAUUUCAAAGAUCUCAUAAUUCUUACGGCCGGUGUCCAAGUUCUGUCCUUAACAUCGAAUUAUUUUUGGCUAUUGUGGUUGCUGGCACCGAUCAGAGCCCUUUGGAUGUUAUGGUCGAAACUCCUCGCACCUUGGUUUUUCUCUGGACCUCAGGAGCAGCCGGAAAUGGAUGAGAAGAAGCAACGAAAGAUGGAGCGAAAAAUGGCCAAACGUCAUUGAAUGAAGAACAUUAAAAUAUAACAAAAUGUUGUACAUAAAUCAAAACUCCACGUAAUCCAGCUCACAAAGUCACAAAUGGAAAAAAUCUUUCUCUUUCGAUAAAGUUUCGUUAAUUAUUUAUUAAACAACAUCUCAGGAUUACUGGUAUGCUUGAACAUAUUUGUGCAAUUUUUCUAUUCUUCGAUGAACGUUAUUAAACGAAUUUCCAUAAAACAUUGAAAAAUAGAUGAGAAUUCUCAACCAA